AAUGCAGGAAGUAAAGAUAUCCUGCUACCUACUCCUUGCUCAACAAGUUGACCGUUUUACAGUUGUGUGAUUUCAGAGUCACACGACAAAAAGACUCAGGUUCAACCAUGUCCUUCAUUUUGGAAUCAUACAAAAUAAAACUCUACAAAGUCAAUGUCCUUCAUGUUCAUCCGUCAGUCAAACAGUGAGCUCUGACCUGCACUUGAUUGUCCAACUAAUAUGGACUCACAGCAUAUCAAAAAGGUGGUCAGUCGUGGUGGCACUGCCUCUCCUCUACGGAGGUCAAACGAUGUGAGCUGGUGUGUGGACAUUGUCCCCACAUCCCCCUAUCUAAGUCCACCACACGGACACUGCACUGACACAGAAAGCAGCGGGGAAGAAAAGCACAUAGGGCAGUCCUCUCAUGAUGAUGAUGAUGAUGAUGAUGAAGGACACUAUAAGAGUAAUGAAGCACCAGGGAAUUACUCAAACAGGCAGGACCCCUCUCUGCUGUCCCCAGGUGAUGACCAAUAUCACCUGCCCAGAAGUAGCCCCGUCAUCUCCCGCAGGAGGAAGUCCUUAACAUGGCAUGGAGAUACAGGGCUGUCUCUGUCUGUGUUGCCCCCUACUACUGUGGCCCCUCUGGGUCUUAGUAGUGACCCCCCAUCAACAUCUGACCGAUAUCAUCUUCAUCUUACUGAGACCCCACGGUCAGCAGAGAGGUCAACUGGUAGUGUAGAGGCAGAGUUUAACCCCUGUCACUGUCCUACUAUAUCUCAGUCAGAUAAGCCACGCUGUGUCUCCAUCUCGGCCAACCUGAACCGCCUGCUGACCAGCGGGCUCCAUCUGCCCUUCAGGGGCCCCCAGGGGCCAGGGCUGGAUCAGGAGAAGGGUCACCGUCUACGCUCCACCUCGGAUGCCCAUCCACAAUUAGUGCCUAUUAAGGAUAAAAGAUCAAGUGAUAUUACACACUGCUCUGCAGACAUGUUCAAGACUGGCUGUGACCUGGACAAGGAGAAUGCUCAUUUCAUAGUGGUGGACAUGGUGCUGGAGGCCUUGGAGGGGGUGAAGUGGGCUGUGAGUCUGAGUCAGAAGAGCUGUGGGGCCAUGGGGAACCAUACAGAGGCCUCAGAGGGCUCAGGGACCCAAAUCUGCAUCCACCCCUCAAAGACACACUCUCUUGUGUCCACUGACAGCGGAUAUGAAGGUUGCGGAGCAGACAAUAGACCAAUAACCAGAGGCGCUAAUAUGUCCUUUAAAAGUUCCCUGGGCUGUCCCAUAAUGCUCUGCUCUGCAGAGGGCCUAGCCCAGCAGCUGGUGUGUGACUUCAGGAAGCAGUGGUUUCCCACACAGGAGCUGAAACGCGGCCGUCAGAGCAUCAGGACCUCACUGCAGGAACUUCCUGGUGGUGUUUGUAUGGUGAGUGAUGCCCGUCUUAGUCUGAGUGAGGAGAUCAGACAGAGAACCAGGAUGAGGGGCACUCUGAGCUGGGCCCCGCCCCGGUUCCAGAUCAUCUUCAGCGUCCACCCCACCCAGAGGCGCAGUGAGGUUGUUGCCUCCCAGCACUUCCUCUGUGCAGGCUGUGGAACUGAAAUAGAACCCAGAUACAUCAAGAAGCUGCGCUACUGUGAAUACCUGAGCAAGUACUUCUGUGACUGUUGCCAUGGCGGCGCUGAGUCUGUGAUCCCGGGCUGGGUGCUGACCCAGUGGGACUUUGGGAGGUACCCAGUCAGUGAUUUUUCCAAGCAGCUGCUGGACUCUGUGUGGCACCAGCCUCUCUUCGACCUGACCUGUGUUGGCAAGACCCUCUACAGCAGGGUGCGAGAGCUGGACAGGUUCAGGGACCUGCAGGAGCAACUAUUAGGCAUUAAGAGACUGCUGAAAGCAUGCAGGUUAUCUGAGGGGGUCCUGAAGGAGUUUGAGCAGCUUCCUGAUCACCUGACACAGGAGCCACACCUGUUCUCCAUGGAUGACCUCCUGAGGGUCAAACGGGGUCAGCUGGUGCCGCUGGCCAGGGCCGUGCUCCGGGUGGUCAUCGCCCACGUGGAGAGCUGUCAGGUCUGCCUGGCUAGAGGCUUCAUCUGUGAGUUCUGCAAGCAGAAGGAUGUGCUAUUUCCCUUCCAGAGCGAGACCUGCACACGCUGUGAAGUGUGCAAGGCCUGUUUCCACAAAGACUGCUUCAGAGAUGAGGAGUGCCCUAAAUGUGCACGGAUCCAAUCUCGAAAAAAGCUGAUGGACACGUUCGGCCUCUAGAGUACAUGUUGGAAGUGUGGGAAAAUAUCCUCACAUUGUUACAUGUGUUUGUCUCUUGAAUCUGAAUACAGAGUAUUCCAAAUAAUAAAAUGCUGUGCAUAGAAAUUUAA